AUGGCAUCGUCAAAGUAUCAAAAGAGAAGCUUAGAUGAAUUUCCAUUAAUAACAGUUGUCCUACUUGAUGAAAUCGGAUUGGCAGAGACAAGCCCAUAUAAUCUGUUGAAGUUUUACAUUCCUUACUUGAACCUAGUUAUCUUGCGGAACUUCCAAAUGUUUCCGUCAUCAGAAUCAGUAAUUGGAGACUUGACAAUUCUAAAUCGAGCAGAGCUUAAAUAG